CAGCUCAGUGCGCUCAGAUGACGUACAAGGAGUGCGACUCGAGUAUCAACAUGCGGGAUGGAUGUGUUGACUUCAGGCAACGUGUGAAGUGAGAAAUAAGUAAUUUACAUCACCAAAGCUAUCUAAAUAUUUAAGUUUGGGUAUUUUACGUGAGCAAGAUGGCAAAUACCAACCUUCAAUUCAAAACAAAUUAUGUUGUCGAAAGCAAGAUUGAACCUUUUUACAAAGGAGGAAAAGUGCAGAUCAGCAAAGAUGAAAAGUACAUCUUUUGCACUUGUGGAUCUCGUGUCAACGUUUUGGAGAUCAGCACAGGGAAGAUCGUCCACAGUGUGGAGCAUGAUGAUCAAGAGGACAUUACAUCUUUCACACUCAGCUGUGAUGAUGAGAUGCUGGUAACAGCUAGUAGAGCUCUGCUGCUAAAGCAGUGGGACUGGAGGCAAGCUCAGUGUACUCGCUCCUGGAGGGCCAUUCAUACUGUUCCUGUAGCCAGUAUGACCUUUGACUCUACUUCUACACUCCUGGCAACAGGUGGCUGUGAUGGCACUAUAAAGCUUUGGGAUGUGGUGAAGCAGUACUGCACCCACAACCUUAAAGGCUCAUCUGGAGUUGUGCACCUGAUCCAGUUCCAUCCAGACAUCAGCAGGCUGCAGCUCUUCUCCUCCUCUCUAGACUGUGGCAUUCGGCUGUGGGACCUGCGCUCCAGCCGGUGUGUGUGUGUGCUGCAGAGCCACUACAGCGCCGUCACCUCGCUCAGCUUCAGCCCCGAUGGUGGCACCAUGGUCAGUUCUGGCAGGGACAAGAUCUGUACAGUGUGGGACCUGGAGACUCGGAAAGCCAAGAGAACUGUGCCAGUCUACGAGGCUGUGGAGGGUGUUGUGCUGCUGCCUGAGGAUAAGGACUUGUCUGAGAUUGGAGUGAAGAGCAAAGACUUGCAUUUCAUCACUGCUGGAAGCAAAGGUGUAUUGCGAGUAUGGGAGGCCAGCACGGCGCGUUGUGUCUACACCCAGACCCUCCCCUCCCCCCUCACCGCUGUCUCUGAGGUGGAGGAGGAGAGGGACGACGACCCCCGCAGUCUUACGUUUCUCCUUCAUCUCCCCGCCUCCUCCAGACUGGCCACAGUCACAGCAGAGCACAACAUUGUGCUCUACCAGCUGCCUGGUCUCACCAUACAGCAGCAGUUUGUGGGAUACAAUGACGAAGUGCUGGACGUGAAGUUUCUGGGUAAAGGGGACAGCCACAUCGUGGUGGCCACCAACAGCUGCCAACUGAAGGUGUUUGAGCUGCUCACCAACAGCUGCCAGAUCCUCUAUGGACACACAGAUACUGUCCUCUCAUUGGACGUGUUCAAAAAGGGUUUUCUCUUUGCAAGCUGUGCGAAGGACAGGUCAGUGCGUGUGUGGCAGAUGGACAGUGACAGUGGACAGGUGCACUGUGUGGCUCAAGGCUCCAACCAUGCUAACGCUGUGGGCUCCAUCACCUGCUCCAGAAUGAAAGCAUCUUUUGUAGUGUCUGGCAGUCAGGACUGUACUGUGAAGGUGUGGGAUCUACCAGCAGACUUAUCUACAACAGGGGCGGACGUACAUCAGCUGACCCCCCGCGCCACAGAGAAGGCACACGAUAAGGAUGUAAACAGCGUGGCGGUGUCGCCCAAUGACAAACUGCUGGCUUCAGGCUCCCAGGACCGUACAGCCAGGCUGUGGUCGCUGGCGGGGGAGGGGAACGUGGGCCUGCUGGGGGUGUUUAGGGGCCACCGUCGCGGCGUCUGGGCCGUCUGCUUCUCUCCUGUCGACCAGGUGCUGGCCACGUCCUCCGCAGACGGCGCCACCAAACUGUGGAGCCUGCAAGAUUUCAGCUGUCUGAAGACAUUCGAGGGUCACGAUGCAUCGGUUUUGAAGGUCAUCUUUGUGAGCCGAGGCACUCAGCUGCUCACCAGUGGCUCAGAUGGUUUAGUAAAGCUGUGGACCAUAAAGACCAAUGAGUGUGUAAAGACGCUGGACGCCCACCAGGACAAAGUGUGGGGUCUCCAUGUCAGCCGCAAAGACGACAAGGUGGUGACUGGUUCAGCAGACUCUAACAUCACCGUGUGGGUGGAUGUGACUGAAGUAGAGCUGGCAGAGGAGCAGGCCAAGCAGGAGGAUCUGAUACUCAAGCAGCAGGAGUUGUCCAACCUGCUCCAUGAGAAGAAGUACCUGAAGGCCCUGGGUCUCGCCAUAUCACUGGACCAGCCUCACACUGUUCUCACUGUGAUCAAAGCGAUCCGACAGGUGGAGAAUAGCGGCGAGCUGUUGGAGAAGACGGUACUGAAACUCAGAGUGGAUCAGAAAGAGUCGCUCCUGCGCUACUGUGCUGUGUGGAACACCAACGCCAGAAACUGUCAGGAUGCCCAGGCCGUCCUCCAGGUGCUCCUCACACACCUGCCACCUGAGGAGAUCCUACAGUAUCAGGGUGCCCGAACCCACCUUGAGGGACUCAUCCCAUACACAGAGAGACACAUGCAGAGGAUUGGCAAUCUGCUGCAGGCGUCCAUGUUUUUGAACUACAUGUGGCAGAAGAUGAGAGUGGCCGGAGCACCAGCCAGCAUGGGCCAAGACGAAGAAAUGGAUACCACUCCUCUUGCACAGCCUUUCUUUAUGAUUGACAAGGAGAAAGGAAUGGGCAGCAGCGAUGAUGAGAAACGAGAUGGAGAUGACAGCGAUGGGGGACAAGAUGAAGAUCCAAAUUGCCCAGUUAAAGAAGCGGAGGAGGAGGAUGACGAUGAUGAGGUCAGUUCCACCAAGAAAGCCUCCGCUAACGGCGGGCGAGUAGAAAACGGUGAGCGCACCAAAACAAAUGGCAACCACCACUCUGAAAGUGAGGAAAGCUCAGCAGAGGAAGCGCUGGAAGAAGAGGAUCAAACAACGGUAAAGGUGAAAUGUCUCCCUGUUUCUUCCACCCCACAAUGCCAGACUUUUGCCAGCUGACAGGGAUCUCCAAGCUGAUAACCGAUGACUCACUCCCAGAAAAUGAAAAACCCAGGAGGGGUUAUCUUAUCUCGGACCAUUAGCUGGAGCGACGCACUGAAUGAUUGGCAGUGCAGGAAGAGACGGGGGGACAGGUGUGGAGUGAUUAUGAUGAUAAAGGUAAUAGUGGACGUUGGGGAAGAAAGGAGGAGAGACUGAAGGAAGACAGACCUACAUUAACAACCAGGCAUUGAGCCAGGGUUAUCCUCCCCCACUGCAGAAACCAGCACCCAUUGUCUAGUUUUUCAAUGUUGUGUAGUCCUGAUCUACUGGCUCAACCACAACACAAAAGGUUCCUUUCAUAACCACAGAUUGUUUUUUUUUAAUGUCAUGACUACAAAUGUUUAUAAAAUAAAAAUCUGUUCUUUGUGAUUUAAAAUUAGUGAUGUACCAUAUUGUUGUUAUUGCCCGAGUAGUCAUUCAAAUGCUCCAUGACUGCCUUUAGACUUAAUUGUCUAGUGGAAACUGUUGGGUGUGUUAAGGUUUUGGCUUUUAGCUUAGUAAAGCUUGGGUGGGUCAUGUCAUCAAACACAAAGUUAUGAUUUUGGAAUAAACAGUUUGCACAAAAUGGUGCACUCAAAUGCCAAACAUUUCCAGGUCCCAGCUUCUCACUUGUGAGAAUGUGCUGCCGUUCUUGUCCCAAAGUACAUGACUUAAAACAAAAAAAUCUUAAAACAAGACAUUUGAAGAUGAAGUUCUCCAAAAUUGUUUUAUUUGUUCCAAGCUCUUCAGUAACAUGUGAAUACACCCAACAUGUACAUGGUCAGACUCUGGUGUUUAGUGUUAUACAGACAUUCCACUCUUCAACUUGAAUUUGCUGUAAACAUGCUAGCAGGAAAUAGACUGGUAUUUCAGACAAACAUUUACUUUUACCAAAGUCACAAGAACAAAUCCAUCUCUCUCUGUGCACUCAGCACAGUCAAAAUGCAUAUAAGGCACAACACAAGGUUCCCAGUAUGGAAAAUAAGUGAUCAU